CUCCUUAACUGUCUCUCCCCAUACGGAGAAAAAGGAUUGCAGUUGUUUAACGAAAAAACCGUAACCGCCGGCUUAUUUAUCGGACGUUGACAAUGAAAAACGCGCUUUACCAUCAUUCACGCUGACUCCUCUUUAAAUCCAUCCAAAAUUUCACUCUAAGAGACUUCUGUCUCUUCAUUUGAAUGCCUCUCAUGAUGGCCAAGCGGGAAAGCGGCAGCACCAGUCCAGUGGUGCGUCAGAUAGACAAGCAGUUCUUGGUGUGCAGCAUCUGUCUGGAGCAUUACCACAACCCCAAAGUCCUGCCCUGCCUGCACACCUUCUGCGAGAGAUGCCUCCAGAAUUACAUUCCCCCUCAGUCCCUGACCCUCUCCUGCCCGGUGUGCAGACAGACCUCCAUCCUGCCUGAAAAGGGUGUAGCAGCUCUGCAGAACAAUUUCUUCAUCACUAAUCUGAUGGAGGUGUUGCAGAGGGAGCAGGACUGCACUCAUCCCGAGGCCUGUAGUGGCCUGGAAUCGGCCAGUGCUGCUACAUAUGCCCCACCCCUUUCUUGUCCCAACCAUGAGGGCAAGGUCAUGGAGUUUUACUGUGAGUCUUGUGAAACGGCCAUGUGUUUGGAGUGCACAGAGGGAGAGCACAGAGAGCAUGUGACCGUUCCACUGCGGGAUGUUCUGGAGCAACACAAAGCAGCGCUGAAAAACCAACUGGAUGUGAUUCACAAGAGGCUUCCCCAGCUGACUGCAGCUAUAGAGCUGGUAAAUGAGAUCUCCAGGCAGCUAACAGACAGGAAGAAUGAGGCAGUAACAGAGAUCAGCAAUACAUUCGAGGAGCUGGAGAAAGCACUGCACCAGCGCAAGGCUGCUCUUAUCAACGACCUGGAGAACAUCUGCAGCACCAAGCAGAAGGUGUUGCAGGCACAAUUGACUGCAUUAAUGCAAGGCAAGGAGAACAUUCAGAGCAGCUGUAGCUUCACAGAGCAAGCCCUGAACCACGGCAGCCCCACUGAAGUGCUCCUGGUGCAGAAGCAGAUGGGAGAGCGGAUGGGGGUUCUAGCCCGCCAUGCCUUCCCUGACCAGCCCCACGAGAAUGGCCACCUGGACUGCCAGGUGGAGACAGAGGGGCUGCGGCGGUCCAUCCAGAACCUGGGGGUCCUGCUCACCACCAGCGCCGUGGGUCACACCAGUGUGGCUACUGGAGAGGGACUCAGACAUGCUGUUGUUGGCCAAAAUACCACUGUUACGGUGACCACUAAGGACAAAGACAGUGAGCUAGUAAAAACUGGAAAUGCUGCGUUGAGGGCUCAGAUCACCGGUCCAGACGGAACCAUCACCGAACUGGAGAUUACAGACAACAAGAACGGCACAUAUGAAAUCGGCUACACACUUUGCUCAGAGGGCGAGUUUUCUUUCUCUGUCCUUUUGUAUGGGCAGCCUGUAAGGGGCAGCCCUUUCCGCCUGCGAGCCGUUAAACCCUGUGAUGCCCCGCAGUCACCCGAUGACGUUAAGAGGCGUGUAAAGUCUCCUGGAGGAGGUGGAGGGUGUGGAGGACAUGUGCGACAAAAGGCGGUACGCAGACCCUCAAGUAUGUACAGCACCACUAAGAAGAAGGAGAACCCAAUAGAGGACGAGCUCAUCUACAGAGUGGGGACGAGAGGACGUGAGCGGGGGGAAUUCUCCAAUCUGCAGGGCAUCUCUACCACCACCAAUGGACGAAUUGUGGUAGCUGACAGUAACAACCAGUGCAUACAGGUGUUCUCCAAUGAUGGUCAAUUCAAGCUGAAAUUUGGGAUUAGGGGUCGCUCCCCUGGCCAGCUGCAGCGACCCACUGGUGUUGCGGUGGACAUGAAUGGUGACAUUAUUGUGGCCGACUAUGACAACAGAUGGCUCAGCAUCUUCUCCCCGGAUGGGAAGUUUAAGAAUAAAAUCGGUGCAGGCCGGUUGAUGGGUCCUAAAGGAGUAGCCGUGGACAAAAAUGGUCAUAUAAUCACAGCAGAUAACAAGGCCUGCUGUGUCUUCAUCUUCCAAUCCAACGGCAAACUGGUGACCAAAUUUGGUGCGAAAGGAACAUCAGAGAGACAGUUUGCAGACAAAAACACUCCAAAUACGCCAACAGAGCUGAAGCAGAGCAAAUCUGGCCCUGUCUUCAGUCCCCAUUUUGUGGCUAUAAACAACAAGAAUGAAAUUGUUGUGACGGACUUCCACAAUCACUCUGUUAAGGUUUACAAUGCUGAUGGGGAGUUCCUGUUUAAAUUUGGUUCGCAAGGAGAAGGGAAUGGGCAAUUCAAUGCACCCACCGGGGUGGCUGUAGAUGGCAAUGGGAAUAUUAUUGUUGCAGACUGGGGUAACAGUAGGAUACAGGUGUUUGACAGUUCUGGCUCCUUUCUGUCCUACAUAAACACAAUGGCAGAUCCCCUGUACGGUCCACAGGAUCUCGCUCUCACUUCUGAUGGCCACGUGGCUGUGGCAGACUCUGGAAACCACUGUUUCAAAAUGUACCGGUACCUGCAGUAAGGACUCACCUGUAGUGACCAUGGAAGGUUUAGCGAAUAAGGUCCAAAAGUCUUCUUUUGCAUUUCAUGUUUUCCUUUGCACAGGUCUCUGCAGAUGAAUCUCCAGGAAAUAAUUACAGUAAUUUGACUGCUUUACCUGAUGUGAAUGAACCCAGGGCUUAGUGAAUGUUGCAUCAUAUUCAAUCAAUUCAAAUUGAUUUGUUAAUAGUUAAUUGCUAAACUGAAUGUAUAUUGAACAAAGUCAAAUAAUAACAUGGUCAUAGAGCAUACAACAGUUACCAAGGGCGCCUACACACUAGAGUUUAUGCUGUCAGAACACUACAAAUCCAUUGUACUCAAUGGGGAUGGUGCGCCAAAAAAGAGUUGCUUCGUUACUACAACUUUUGCUGCAGCACUAAACCUAACUCUCAAACUGGAGCUUACUCAUUCCUUUCCAUCAAACGCAGAGUCAAGAAUGGAACUCUUGAUCUGCGAAGUCUCAAGAUUUGCAUGCAACAUUUACACAGUGGGCCUUAUUCAUGAAACAUGAAAAUAAAAAAUUUGUGUGUAAAUGCAUUUAAUCGUACCUGGAAACCCAACCUUAUUGUCCUUAAAGGGAUAGUUCACCCUAAAAUGAAAAUUCUCUCAUUAUUUACUCACCCUCAUGAAAUCCCAGGUGUUUAUAACUUUCUUUCUUCAGCAGAACAUAUUUGAAGAAAAAUAGAAAAAUAUCUCAGCUCAGUAGGUCCUUAAAAUGCAAGUGAAUGGAGAUUCUCUUUUGAAGCUCCAGAAAUCACAGACCGUCAGCAUAAACGUCAUUGAUACGACUCCAGCAGUUAAAUUAAUGUCUUCUAAUGUGAUACAAUCACUUUUGGUGCAAAAAAACUCAAUAUUUAAGUAACUUUUAACUAUAAUCAAAUGUUUCACGAGAGGGUGGAGUCCAAGCAGUCUCUCAUGUGACAUGUUCACGUUGCAAUGGAUACCAAGGUAAUUUUACAUUCUCAACUCGGUUUCAGACAUAAGCACACAAACACACCAUUGUGAGUAAAGAAACAGAUAAUAACAGAUCUAAACCAAAACCAACAGCGUUCCUCCUCACUAGUAAACAGAGCUGCUCUUCCGGCUGUGACGCACAAGUCAAUGCCAAUGUGAUUACGUCACACGUGUGUACGGCUGCCGACCGAAAGCAUGAUUUAGAGUUUAAAAAGUACAUAAAUAUUUAUCUCUCUUGCACCAAAAGAUAUCAUCUCACUUUAGAAGACAUUAGCAGCUGGUGUCAUAUGGAUAAAAUCAUACACACCUGGGAUAUAAUAAGGGUGAGAAAAUAAUGAAAGAAUUUUCAUUUUUGGGUGAACUAUCCCUUUAACUCUAACCCUAACCACAACCUACGUGUAAACCUAACCCUACCCAUACACUUAACAUUAUCCUUCUUAACCCUAGUAGCAGCAAAUGUGACACUCACAAGAUUUCCACAGAUCGAGGCCUUCUACCUUCUAGAUAUGACCAUCAAAUGCUCUGUCUGAGCUGUCUCUAGUGUGUAGGCAUCCAAAGAAGGCAGCUAUCCAUACAUUUUUAAAAUGCAAAUGAUUUUGUACUGUACUUAUCCAAAACAUCAAGUUGCUUGGUCACAUUAAACAAGUAUUUAAAUCGCAGGGAACAAAAUGGCAGUCAAUAAAUGUUUUCUGGUCAACUCGUUAAUGCAGCUGCUUUAGAAUGACCUGUGGAACUAUUUGUACUAGUUGUAUAUGUGUAUGCAUUUGUAUCAUAUGUUGUAAAUUUGAUCACCAUUGGUUUGCUGUAAUAUGGUUUCAGAAAUCCACUUUUUUUAGUGCGCUAAAGCUCAAUAUUAAAGUGACUCAGCUGUCAGUGUGCUUUAUUGCCUUAGUAGAGCUUCUGGUAGGUUCAUUGUGCCUCUGCUUUCAAAGGCUUCUACAUAUCACUUACCACAACAGCACAAUUCAUAUGCUUCAUAUAAAAAGGUAAAAAUGAAAGUUAAUUUAUUUUGUACAGAAUCUUGUAAGUUAUUUUUCUAAGUUUAAGUGUUUUGUUUAUCUGCAAAUCAAUGCCUUCAGUGUUUGUCACAAGGAAUGCUGACAUGUUCAGAGAUAAUUUGUUGUGAAGUACAAGAGAUAUUUCAUGCACAAGACAUUCACAUGUCAUCAAAGAGAAUAUGAGUUUGUAAUAUCAAUAUGCUGAAAACUAUGAGGGAAUAUGAAGUAUAAGGUGUCGUUCACACUGAAAUUUUUUGCCCCAUUCUUUUGAAGUCUUUGCGCUGUUUUUUGUUUUGUUUUUUUUAUUGUUUUUAAUAGUUUUUCUGGAGGUCUUUGGUUUGAUCUCACGCAUUUUUACAACACUGUAUCAAUUUAAAAGAUCUUCGAGAUGCAUUUCGAGACACCUGCAUUCUGUUCCAUUCGUUACGUCUAGUUUUUUAAUGCAAGAAUGCGUUCGGUCUGAACGUGCCCAUUGGAAACGGCUUCUGCUGCAUUUUAAGUUGCCAAAUUCUAAAAAGGUCAUGAAAAUUGCAGGGUACUAUCCAUUGUUUGCCAUAUUACUGAAGCAUUUACUACUGUUUUUUUGUUUUUUUAUGGAGAAAAGAAAAGAAAAAAAACAGUGAGAGAUCACAGUUUGAAAAUUCUGGCCCAAAUGUUACACUACUAGAAUACAAAAAAGAAAAAUCUUGCGAACAUUUGUACUUUGUUUAUUUGGAGUUGACAAGUGUGCACUUGUUAAAGCCACUAAAUACAGUAUUCUAUAAUAAAACUGUACAGUGUAACCACAAAAGGAUAUGUUAAGCAUUUUAAACUUAGUAUUUGAAUUGCAAUAAUGCUCUCCCAAAUAUUUCUCAGACAUGUACUGUAGCAUCUCUAAAAUUACACUCACAGUGAAUAUCCAGUUGUGGGCGACCAGUGAUAUUGAAAAGCUGAAGGUUAAGGCAUGUCAAAGAGACAUAAUAUUUGGGAUUAUUGUAAUGAAGUUCUUCCCAUUUGACUUUCCUCUAUAUAAAAGAAUGAAGGAUAAAGUGAUUCUACUGUAUUGCCAGUAUUCAAAGCCUUCCAUAUUAAAAUCAGAAUUAAAAUGC